UUUACAGGGAAAAUUUUCGGGAAAAUUUCGGUAACGCAAAAUCUCGAGCGCGGCACAGUCACUGUCGUGAGUUGUUCAACUUUCAACACGGAGAGCCCCAGGCAAACGGGGCCACAAGCUCGUGUUUCGGGCCAGGACGACGUCCAACCCGCCAAGCGACGCUGGGUCCCUCCAUCAUCACUAAGACACCAGGAUGGUCAGUCUCAAGAAUCCAGAAACGAUCAGGUGUUUCGAAAAGUCCGUGGUAUACUCAAUAAACUCACACCUGAGAAGUUCCAAAAACUGAGCGAUGAUCUACUACGUGUCGAGCUGCAAUCAAGUGUCAUUCUCAAGGGUGUGAUUUAUCUCAUAUUUGAGAAGGCCCUCGAUGAACCGAAAUAUUCGUCUAUGUACGCUCAGUUAUGUAAACGAUUAGAUCAAGAAGCCCCCAAUUACGAACAACCAGGCAAACCUAGUACCUUCCGUCUUUUGCUAUUAAAUAAGUGCAGAUUAGAAUUCGAGAAUCGUAAUGCUGCAUUGGAGAGAUAUGUUGGAGGAUCAGAAGAGGAUGAAGAUCGGCGGGCCAUUGCUAAAGGCAAAAUGCUGGGCAAUAUCAAGUUUAUGGGAGAGCUAGGUAAAUUGAAUAUAUUGCAAGAGAGCAUACUACAUCGAUGCAUUCAACAAUUAUUAACACGGCGAAGCGAAGAUCCAUUCGAAGAUUUAGAAUGUUUGUGUCAGAUAAUGAAGACCUGUGGAAGAAUCCUCGAUACAAGCAAAGGUAGAGGCCUGAUGAAUCAAUAUUUUGAGAGAAUGCAAGUACUGGUUGAUAAUGCAGACCUACAACCACGUAUCAGAUUCAUGCUAAAAGAUGUGAUCGACUUGAGAUCUGAUGGUUGGGUACCUCGAAUUGCGAAUGUAGUAGAGGGUCCAAUGCCAAUCAAUGACAUCAGACCAUCAGAGGAUGAUCGUAUGUCCUUCAGAAGGAACGAUAAGAACAAUGACAGGGACACUCACGGUCCCCAGGUGGAUUUAUUCAGACCUCUGAAGACUAGGGGUGGAUUGGAUGACAUGUUGAGAGGUCUCACGCUGGCACCGGCUCCAACAACAAAAUUAGUACCGGCAGGACCUUUUGGCCCCAAUGGUUUUGGACAGAGACACAACAACGGAAAUCAGAGAUCAUUUGGUUAUGGAACAGGAAAUCAGAAGGGCCAAUACAAGCAUAAUCAGAAUAACAACAGGGAUUCCUCUAAAAAUGAUCUAGCACCAAGAUUCAAGAAAGGGUUGAUUGUACAACCGGAUGACAUCAACGGCCUUCAGUUGAGACCCAACACAAAUCUGUUCAACAAAGCAUCAGUUAAAACCAACAAUAUGGUCAACAUGAGGACAACACCACUCAGUGCUUCAGAAGGUGCUGGUACGCCUAUGCCCAUAAAACUAACAACUCCGCUCGUUAAAGAACCGCUACCUAUCAAGCAAGCAUCUCAAGAGAGAACAAAACAGUCUAAGAAAGAUAAGGGUCCCAAUAAGGAGGAGGUUCUCCAGAAGUUUGGAACAAUUUUAGAAGAAUUCUGGAGGGGGGAUCUGGACCUCAAACAAACCAUCAAUGUAUAUAAAGAACAGAAAGUUCCAGAGAAGUAUGGAAAAGAUAUUAUAUUAGUGGCUUACACUCAAGCCCUUGAUAAAACAGAUGUGGAACAAGAGAAGGUGAUAAAACUGAUUGGUUCCAUAAGAGAAGCUGGAUACUUGAACGGAAACGUCGCAUCUGAAGCGUUAAAAGCGUUGUGCCACACGUUGGAAGAGAAAGAGAACAUUAACUUAAAUUCGGCCGCCGUUCUUUUGGGUUCGGCGGUCGUCGAACACCUGAUCUCGUUGGCGGAGAUCGCCUCCAUCACCGAAGGGGGCAACCUGUACCCCUUAUUCCUUCUGAUAUUACAGCACAUUCAUCGCAGAAGGGGCAGGACGGAAAUAACUGAUCUUUUUGGAAGGAGUAAGGCCAAUUUACUCGGUCAGUUACCUGAGAACGAAAGAUCUAAGGAGAGGCUCUCUGAGGUUCUUGAAGAAAAAGAUCUAGCAUUCCUUUAUCCUCUACUUCGGAUCCAAGCAGAGCUGAGUAGGCAGCUGCAGUCUGAACCAAAUCCACAAGCUUUCUACCGAUGGAUCAGAGACCAUCUGGAUCCGGCCAGUCUAGCAGAACCCGGUUUCGUCAGUGCCCUCAUGACGGCAUUGUUAAAGCACAUCACAUUGGAAGCAUCCGAAUCGGAGACGGACGAAAAGAUUGUUGCCGACAAGGAAAAGGCCCUUCUCGUCAAGUACACACCUGUCCUUCAGGCCUUUCUACGAGACAAACCGUCUCUGCAAUUGGCAGCACUCUAUUCCCUACAAACACAUUUCAGUGCGCUGAACUUCCCAAGGGGGCAGUUAUUGAGAUGGUUCAUGAUGAUGUACGAUCUGGAGAUCAUCGACGAAGAUGCUUAUUUCAACUGGAAGGAAGAUGUAACGGACGCUUAUCCGGGGAAGGGGCAGGCGCUUUUCCAGGUCAACAAUUGGAUAACGUGGUUGCAGGAGGCGGAAUCCGAAGAGGAGGAAGGUGUGCUGCUGAAGUGAUAACACGAUCAACUUUCCGCCUAUUUUUUUUUCUUUUUAGUAGUUUCAGCCAGCUCUGUCAUAUUUAAUUCUGAUGACAUUUGAUUGAUCCUCACAGACAACUCGGCGAGGUUAAAGUUCUUGGUGGAUAUCGUAAAAUUUGUCAUUUUUUUAUAACUGAUUUGUUCCUCUCAGGAUCGAGUAUUGAGGAGGAGAUUAUCUUGAAAGAAUGCUCGGAUGUGAUUAUCCAAAAUUAUUUAUUUUUCUUAUAAAAACGUAUUCAGACAAGUUAACAUUGAAUUGCCUUUGGAUAAUUAGUUAGUACCACCAAUCAAAACUCAACACCUUCAAAUAAUUUUCAUUAUUUCAUGUUUCAUAAGUAUUAGUAACAAAACUCAUUGUUCCUAUUCAUCGGUAACUCCCUUUUUUUAUCUGUUAAAUCAUAAUAAUAAUAAUAAUAGAUAGAUAGAUAGAUACCCAUCUUCUUGAAAUGUGUUCCAACUUAGAGUAUGUGUAUUGAACAUUAUUUCAUUUGUCAAGUAUUCAUCAACGGAAUUCCUAUUCACUUAGAUUAGUAUAAAUGUUUCUCACAAGUGGAAUGACGAACUUCUUCUUUUUCUUCAUUCAACAUAAUAUACUAUUUAUGUGUCAGUGCAAAAUGCAAUUGAUGGUAUUUAGCCGAUUAUUUUCAUUUUAUCUCAUUUUCAAUGAUAACUUACCUAAUAAGGUCUUGACAAUAGCACAAUAUAUAUUUCGAUUUUUAAUUUUUCAUGUAAACAUAAUUUUUGUGAUAGUACCAUCAAAUAAAACUGAAAAACCAAA